AUGAUAGAAUUGCACAUAUGGGGUGCCGAUAAACAAGUAUCAAUUAUAGAUCCAGAGAGCUUGGCUUCAGCUUGGCUACUCAGUAUUCAUUUGACUCCUCAGCAAAUACCCUACAACAUUGUCACUUCAUGCAAUACCAACUUGUCAGAUUCAGGACGACUUCCCUUAUUGUUGGUAAGAAGAAAUGGAACUACAAGGAAGUAUGAGGGCUUUUCAGAAAUAUCACACUUUAUUUCUGAAAAGUUUCCGGCCGAUAGCACAAAAUAUGUACCGGAUGUCAAACUCUCCACAACAGAUCAGUUGGCCAACUUUAGUUUGAUAUCCUUCUUGAACAAUACCACCAAAUACGUCAACCAGUACAACCUAUACGUCAAUACCGAAAAUUAUGAGAACUACACGAGAAAGCUUUUCAGCUCCUAUCUUCCCUUCCCUAUGAUGUACAACCAGCCGUUGAAAUUCUUCAAGUCUGCAAGCGAACAAGUUAAGAUCAUUGGACUCGGAGUCAACAAAACCAGUCUAUUCUCCUUCUCUGUGGGGGACGAAACUCCAGAAACGGAAACGUUCAACGAUGAAAAUGAAGGUGAACAAGAUGAAGUUGCUAUAAGUUCUUUACAUGAAAAAGUGAUGUUAGCCAAGCUGAAAGAUAAGGCGAUACUUCGAGAAUCAAGGAACUCACUCCGUUGCCUAAACAUUUUGGGCGAACAAAUAUCGCACGUUGAGCGACUUUUCAAACAGCUCAAUCCAAAUUCUCCUGUCGAUUUUGCUCACCUAUUUCGGGCUAAGAAAAUCUCCUCUUCAGAACUUUUACUCUACGCAUACUUUCACUCACUUACAUUUGCGGGCCUUCCAGAUAACUUCAUAGCCAAUUACUUGAAACAGAAAUCUCCAGCCUUUUGGAAAUUUGCAUAUACCAUAACGGAAGCAUUGAAUACAUCAUUGGUCCCAGAAACGUUUCGAAGUGCACUGGGUCUAGAAGUUCCUAGCUUGAAAAAUGAAGUGUUGUACCUCAUGUCCUUAGUGCGGUACUAA